UGACCCGGCUCAAGAUGGCGGCGCACCUCAGUUACGGCAGAGUGGUUCUCAACAACCUGCGGGAGGCGGCGCGCAAGGAGCUGCGCGAAUUUCUGGAUAAAUGUGAAGGCAGCAAGGCAAUAGUUUGGGAUGAGUAUCUUACUGGACCAUUUGGACUGAUUGCACAGUAUUCACUAUUAAAGGAACAUGAAGUUGAUAAAAUGUUUACCCUGAAGGAAGGGCAUAUACCUCCAGCUGAAGUCAAAAACAUAAUUUUCUUUGUGAGGCCUAGACUGGAACUAAUGGACAUUAUUGCUGAUAAUAUUCGUUGUGAGCACAAACAUCAUGGUCCUCCCAGAGAUUUCCAUAUUCUGUUCCUGCCACGUCGAAGUCUCCUUUGUGAACAGAGAUUAAAAGAACAAGGAUUAUUGGUCCACUUCACCCAUAUAGAGGAGUACAGCCUGGAUUUAAUUCCAUUUGACAGUGAUCUAAUGUCCAUGGAAGCUGAAAGUGCAUUUAGGGAGUGUUACCUAGAAAAUGACCAGACCAUCUUAUUCAGUGUUGCCAAAGGACUGAUGACUCUGCAAGCUUUGUAUGGAACCAUCCCACAGAUAUUUGGGAAAGGUGAAUGUGCACGGCUUGUAGCAAAUAUGAUGCUAAGAAUGAAGAGAGAAUUUGCUGGGACUCAGAACCAGAUUUUACCUGUCUUCGAUAAACUCUUGUUACUUGAUCGAAACGUUGACUUGUUAACGCCCCUGGCAACACAACUGACUUAUGAAGGACUUAUUGAUGAAAUAUAUGAAAUUCAAAAUACACAUGUAAAGCUGCCUCCUGAGAAAUUUGCACCUAAGAAGCAAAAUGAAAGUGGCCGAGAUCUUUCCAAUGAACCUAAGAAGCUACAGUUAAACUCUGCUGAAGAACUCUAUGCAGAAAUCAGGGACAAAAACUUCAAUGCAGUUGGUUCAGUUCUGAGCAAAAAGGCCAAGUUCAUAUCUGCUGCAUUUGAGGAAAGACAUAAUGCAAAAACUGUAGGUGAAAUCAAACAGUUUGUGUCCCAGCUUCCACACAUGCAAGCAGCAAGAACCUCACUAGCUAAUCAUACAUCUAUUGCUGAACUCAUCAAAGACAUUACAGCAUCAGAAACAUUCUUUGACAAGCUGACUGUGGAACAAGAAUUUAUGUCUGGGAUUGAUACUGACAAGGUUAACAGUUACAUUGAAGAUUCCAUUGCUCAAAAAGAACCUCUGAUAAAUAUUCUGCGACUUGUUUGUAUGCAGUCAGUGUGUAAUAAUGGCCUGAAACAGAAAGUCCUAGACUAUUACAAGAGAGAGAUUUUGCAGACAUAUGGUUAUGAGCACAUUUUAACCCUGAAUAACCUAGAAAAGGCUGGUUUACUGAAACCUCAGACUAGCACCAGGAAUAAUUAUCCAACCAUAAGAAAAACUCUGCGCCUUUGGAUGGAUGACAUCAAUGAACAGAAUCCCAAUGAUAUAUCUUACGUGUACAGUGGUUAUGCCCCUCUAAGUGUGCGGUUAACACAGUUGCUAGCUCGUCCUGGGUGGAGGAGCAUUGAAGAAGUCUUAAAGAUGUUGCCAGGACCUCAUUUUGAAGAAAGACAGCAACUGCCUUCUGGAUUGCACAAAAAACGUCAACAGGGAGAGAACAGAGUUACUCUGGUGUUCUUUCUUGGAGGUGUCACUUAUGCUGAAAUUGCUGCGCUUAGAUUCUUAUCUCAGAUGGAAGAAGGAGGUACAGAAUAUAUUAUAGCGACUACAAAACUGAUAAAUGGAAAAAGCUGGAUUAAAUCUAUGAUGGACAAGUUAGAGCCAUCUCUAUUCUGAAAAGACAAUGUGAUGGACAGUAUUCGUCAAGAUGAGGAUUUUGAAAAUGUUUAUUGACCCCAAGUGUGUUUGGAAAAUAUGACACUGCUGUAACAUGUUUCAGUUGAGAAACUAAAUUGAGCACAGCAUGGGGCACGAAACAAACUUCAAAUGUGAUAUUGGUCAAUAUUCAGCUGCAUUGGCGCUUCUGAGCCAUGUUUUCAUUCCUUAGUUGGAGUAGUACAUGAAACCAGAACGCUUAGGUAUUCAUUGUAUUUUAGAAGUUACAUGACAACUGCCUAAAACAAGUUUCUAUGUUGGAAGAAUUUGAUCAUUUGUGCCACUGAAUGGAUUUAACUUGCAUACAGACUUUGCACAAAACUGCAUUUUGGUGCACUCUGAAAUCUGAAGUGAUUUCUUAACACUAGCAUAUGUAAUGUAUGGUUAUAGUACAUGCAAAGUCAAUGUGCAUAAUAUAUCCUAUGAAGAACUCAAGUGCUUAGUGCAACAGUGUAGGAACUUAGAACAAGAGAGGAAGUGUCAACAAAUGUGCAUUAUUUGUGCUUGCUUACAAAAUAUUAUGCUUUGAAGCUUUGUUAUACUGGUAAAGUUCAUGAUUGAAAUUUCAUUAAUCUCCUGUUCUGAUCUCUGUUGCCACAUCUAAAAGAAUAUUAAAGCUUUGUUAUCCUGUGAGGGCAAAACUAAAUCUGAAAACUCUGGCCUUUUCAAUUUUACUUGGGAUAUGCUGGUCUGUUUAUUGAAUGGUUUGCGUAGUUUCAGGAAAAAUUGUAUCAUAUCAAUAUUCCAUAUUCUAUAUAUGUGAAAUGUGUCAAAAC